UAUAACACUGUAACUUCAUAAACAGAACAAUCCUGUUUUCAACACUGGACAUUUAAAACAGUACACCAAAAAGCAUGAUGAUUUUGAGAACAAAUAAAAUACAAAUAUGUAUUUAAUUAUCAUGCUAUCUUUACAGUAAGAGGUUUAUAGCAAAGCUGUGUCCUCUAGUUUGGAUACUGGACUCCACCCUCACUGAGGCUGUUACCAAACCAGAUCCACAGGGAAGCCAAGCAGAGGUCUUCAGAGAAGAGUUUAACGGCCGCUGAAUUACAAGAGAAAAGAUACAUCCAAAGUUGCUGUAUUCUUUAUCAGAGAUAUUCAGUGUCAAAGAGGAUCAGAGGACACAUUCAGAGAAGAGAAGUUUGAGUAGGCCUUGCUCUGAGCCAUGGACUGGAAGACUUUUCAAGCCCUGCUCAGUGGGGUGAAUAAAUACUCCACUGCAUUUAGCCGGAUCUGGCUCUCAGUGGUUUUUGUGUUCAGGGUGAUGGUUUACGUUGUGGCAGCUGAGAGAGUUUGGGGUGAUGAGCAGAAAGACUUUGACUGCAACACCAAGCAGCCGGGCUGUGCAAAUGUCUGCUAUGACCACUUCUUCCCCAUUUCCCACAUCCGACUGUGGGCCCUGCAGCUCAUCUUUGUCACCUGUCCAUCGCUGAUGGUGGUCAUGCACGUGAAGUACCGCGAUGAGCGCGAACGCAAGUACCGCGAGAAGCACGGUGAAAAAGCCAAGCUCUAUGACAACACGGGGAGGAAGCACGGUGGACUGUGGUGGACAUACUUGAUAAGCCUUUUUGUCAAGACUGGCAUCGAGAUCACUUUCCUGUACAUCCUCCAUCACAUUUAUGACAGUUUCUACCUGCCAAGGCUGGUGAAGUGUGAUGUCCAGCCAUGUCCCAAUGUUGUGGACUGUUACAUUGGUCGACCUACAGAGAAAAGAGUCUUCACCUACUUCAUGGUUGGAGCUUCAGCUCUUUGCAUAGUGCUCAGUGUCUGUGAGAUCAUCUACCUGAUCUCCAAACGCGUCAUUCGAUGUGUCAACAAGAUGAAGAGGCACCACAGAAGCAGCACACCACUUAAUGGACGAUACCGAGACGAGGACAGCAACUGCACCCUUCCUAUGCAUGAAUUGGACAGCAAACCCGAGUUUAAAUUGGAGUCUAAAACAGAUUUUAAGUCUGACUACAAACCUGGGUCUAAACCACAGUUUAAAUCUGAACUCAAGCCAACAUUUAAGCCAGCGUACAGAUCGAGUGUCGACAUGAGAGCUUCUGCUCCAAAUCUCUCAGUACCCAUGUACAAGAUACAGUCUGAUAUACUUUGAAGAACAUUUGUUUUUCUCCAAGUAUUCACAAAGUCAUAUUUAGGUAUAAAACAAGCUUUGAAUGUCUGGACAGUCUCAAAGUCUUUCAUUGUCCAUCAAGACCUAUGAAAUUUGGCAGAAGUUUCAUGAAAUUCUAUAUGCCAGAUUCAGAAACUUUUGCCUUGGAAACAGUAGGGAUUAAGUGGCCUGCUUAGUGGGGCAGUGGAAAUGAUCCAAGAUUGUGAUAUCACUGGUCCCUGGGUUCAAACCUGGAGUCUUAUGAUUACCAGCCUAGUUCCUUCAGGCUUCAACUCCAGCUCAAAUGACUGCAUAACCGCCAUGAUCCUAAGAAUCAAUGGGGACCGAAUGCAUUCCUUUUCUUCUGAUUCCUUUCUUAAAACGAUCAAAGGUGAAAACCCACGAAAAAGCUGAAGAAUCAUCAAAUAACCAAAAAGGCUUUCAUGGAGAACACACCCUGCAUACAAAACCCACCUCCACCUUCACACGCACACAAAAAGAUAGGAGGAAGAGUGAGGUUCUAUUGUGUGUUAAAAGACGUAAUGAAAAUGCCUCAUGGGUGUCAUUGUUUACGGUGUCUCAUUUCUCAAUGUCCUGGUAUUUGUUACAAAGAUCGGAAAUUUUAUAGUUGAAGCUGUUCCAACUAUCACCGUUUCGUAGAGAUCAUAGUGGUGGUUUAUAUGCAAACACACCUGAACUCAAAUUCAUAUGCUGGAAAAAUGAGAGGUAUAUAUUAAAUAUCACAGUUUCCAUAAGAUGGACAAUCAGGGAAAGUUUUUCUUCCAUUAUUUGUUGUAACUUUACUGUAGACUCAUCUGAUCUACACUUGGCAAGCAUUUGUAAGAGUCUGACUUUGUUCAGACUUGCUGUUAUGAUUGUGUUACAUAUUUUAGCUGAGAUUUUUCAUGAAGCUGCACACCCUGCCUUUGUAUCAAAAGCUGAAUCAACGCACUGACAUAUUACCUUAUGAAUUUUUUUCAGGAUGUUUUUAUAAAAUUGCCAUAAUGGAGUUCUUCAUUUGUAUGACAGGUAUUGUAAAUGAGGAUGCUUUUAAAGUUUAUUGAUUUUGAUACUCUAUAAAUAAAGUACAAAAACAGCCAUUUUAUCACAUUUUGAAGAGAUUA